AGAUCACUCACCAUCUAUUGUUGUUUCUGUGUAGUAAUAAACACAAUACAUAACAUGUUGUGCACACGCAGAUUUUGCUUCUCAACUACUCAAUAAAAACCUACGCCCGCCCGGACACUCUCCAUCCACCCACACCCACACCCACACUUGAAUUUCAUCAUCACAAACAACAACAAAUUAAUUUAACUUGGUCAAGCCCUCUGAUCCAUCAUCUUUAAACCAUAUAUAUACACACCACUAAUCUUCGUCAAUAUUAUCUCAUGGAUUCAGAUUCAGCAGCUGAUUCCACAAUUAGUCAUCAACAGCAGCAGCAUGAAUAUGAACAUGAUGAUGAGGAGGAGGAAAAACAGCAACAUUUUCAUGUUCUGGCUGUGGAUGAUAGUCAUAUUGACAGAAAGCUCUUGGAAAGGCUCCUCACGGUUUCUUCCUAUCAAGUUACAUGUGUGGAUUCUGGAGAUAAGGCUCUAGAGUAUCUGGGGUUGCUACACAUUGAGGAAAAUAAUGAAUCAUGUGAAAGAUCAGCAUCAUCAUCAUCCACAACAGUUUCUUGUGCGUCUGAUCCGUCAAAGUCAUCUCAGCAAGAGAUAUCGAAAGUUAACCUGAUCAUGACAGAUUACAGCAUGCCUGGAAUCAGUGGUUACGAUUUGCUCAAAAGAAUCAAGGACUCUACCUGGAAAGACAUCCCUGUUGUAGUUAUGUCGUCCGAGAAUGUACCUUCAAGAAUCAACAUGUGCUUGGAAGGAGGUGCAGAAGAAUUCCUGUUGAAACCUGUGAAGCUAUCGGAUUUAAGGAAACUUCACUCGCAUCUGCUCAAUACGGUUGGGCAUCCUUGCCAUGACGACGACGACGACGACGACACUACUGCUGCUACUACUUCCAUCUGCAACAUCGACAACACUAACAAAGAAGACACCGAAAACGAUAACAACAACUGCAGUAACAAUAAUACUAACAAGAGGAAGACAUUCUCCACAACUUCGGAUCUCUCCGACAGAAGGCCCCGAGUCCAAGAAUUGCCUGUGUCCUAGCUACCUACCUACCUACCAUUUUAAUUUAAUUAUGUAUGCACAAUCACUGCAACUAACUAAGGUUAACCACGACAGUGAUAGUGUGUAAAUUAUUAACAGGAAUUCUUAUUUGGAGUAUUAUGAUUACUAUUAUUAUUAUUAUUUUGAAAGAGAGAGUUUCUUAAUUGA